AUGUCGGACCACAUACGCGACAGUGGAAAGCCUCUGACCGAGAACUCGUCCCGUAGCUUCAACUACCCAUGGGCGGCGGCUCCCGAUAUCAUUCGAGCCAACCAGAAGGAUGCGUAAGUGGACGACGAGAAUGCGCUUCUACCCAGCGCGACGGGGACCGGGACUGACAUUCGCUUUAGAUACUUCCAAGGCGUCCUCUUGACUCAGCUCUCUUCUGUUAUCAGGUCUCUCUAUGGCACGCGUUCGGAGCAUAAGUGGGCCAGCGAAGCCUCUGUCUUCACCGAACUGCUCUACCUAUGCUUGACCACAUUCCUUGGCAACAGAACGCUUGGAGAGGAGUAUUGCGACAUCGUGCAGGUCGAAGAUGAUACGAAUCGACUGCCUUCGAUCGCUCGCCGCUCUGCAUAUAUACUCUCCAGCGUGUUGCUGCCUUAUGCCUUGACACGCUUUCUCCCAGCUUUGAGGAAGAGACUCCGGGCAAAGCUGGAAGUCAAGCUUCGGAAGGCCCAUCACAGACGCAUGUCUUCACCAACAAGGAGUAAGAAUCCUCCCACGAAGACUAGCCAGCUACAGGAAUAUUUCUGGAAGCAUCUGGACUCCAUCACGUCGCCGGCACCAAUCUAUGCUUUUAGCCUGGCGAUAUUUUACUUCACCGGAGCGUACUACCAACUUAGCAAGCGCGUGUUUGGACUGCGAUACAUCUUCACUCGGAAGCUCACAGAUGACGAUCAGCGGGGUGGCUAUGAAGUUCUGGGUGUCCUACUUUUCGUGCAGAUGGUUGUCCAAGGCUAUCUUCACCUGCGCAGCACCUAUCGUAAUGUCCAAGUAGCGCCUGGUCCAAAUACGACCAACGCUCUGGAUAGCGGGAGUGCAGUCGUUGACAAUGGCGUGGAGAUCGGCACCGGAAAUCAAUUCAACACUCCACUACUCUUUGAGCCGCACUCGCAUGGCACCGACCCGGAGGUGAUCAAGCGUCGCGUUGCUCAAGUGACGCACACGCCACUGGUUUCCGGCCACCGAUAUGACCUGAAAGACCCUGAAGUGAUGCAAUGGAUCGAAAGCAAACAACAGCGAAAGUGUACCCUCUGCUUGGAGUCGAUGAAGGAUCCAUCUGUGACGACUUGCGGUCAUGUAUUCUGCUGGACAUGUGUAUCGGAGUGGCUUCGAGAGCAGCCCAUGUGCCCUUUAUGUCGGUGAGUGGUGCCCCAUGAACUUCUCAAUCCAUACGAUGCUGAUACUGAUUGAAUCGCAGGCAAAGCGCCUUGGUGCAACAUGUCCUCCCGUUGCGCGGGUAA